AUGUUGAAUUCCUUAUUAUUAUACCUAACUCUUUUGAUUCCAGUUUUCACUUUCGAUCCAACCAGCAAUUCAAAUGUAGCUGUUUACUGGGGACAGAAUUCAGGUUCUACUGGACAACAAAGGUUGUCAUACUACUGUGAUUCUGAUUCCAUUGAUAUUGUUAUACUUUCGUUCAUGAAUAUACUUCCAAAUCCAAUAAAUUUUAAUUUUGCUAAUGCUUGUGAAGGUACUUAUGUCGUAAAUGAAUACAACACCGGUGGAAUGUUACAAUGUCAAAAUAUUGCCGACGAUAUAAAAUAUUGUCAAUCACAAGGUAAAUUGAUUUUGCUUUCUUUAGGUGGUGCUGCUGGUGCCUAUACUUUAGCUGAUGAUGCUGCCGGUGUCCAAUUUGCUAAUGCAUUAUGGGACUUGGUUGGUAAUAGUAAUAACUUACCUACAAAUCAACGUCCAUUUUUUGAUGCAGUUGUGGAUGGGUUCGAUUUCGAUAUUGAAGAUAAUAACCCAACCGGUUGGACCGCCGUAGCAAAUACUUUAAGAGAACUCUUUGCCCAAGAUGAUUCCAAAACAUACUAUCUCGGUGCCGCACCACAAUGUCCAUAUCCAGAUGCCAGUGUUGGUCCUUUAUUACAAGAAGCUUUCAUUGAUUUUGUCUUUAUUCAAUUCUACAAUAAUUAUUGUAACCUUGGAACAACAUCUUUCAAUUUUGCAACUGAUUGGUUGAAUUAUGCUGAAAACGUUAGUCCUAACCCCAAUGUCAAAUUAUAUGUUGGUGUCCCAGCUGCUGUCGGAGCUGCUCCUGCUGGUGGAUAUAAUCCUCCUGAUGUAGUUGCUAAACUUUUAACUUCGGAUAUUUUAGAUAAUUAUUAUUUCGGUGGUAUUUCAAUGUGGGAUGCUUCCUCAGGGUACGCCAACCAAUUCUCCAAUGGUAAUUUCGUUGACAAUAUGAAGCUUAUAGUUGAGAAUGCUGUUACUGGACCUAAACCGGAAGUUGAAUCACAAUCUAGGAGCAGUUCCUCUACUACCAGUUCCUCCAGUGUCAGUUCUAGCAGUUCCUCCAGUAGCAGUUCCUCCAGUAGCAGUUCCUCCAGUAGCAGUUCCACCACUACAACUAGAAGUUCCACCACUACAACUAGUAGUUCCACCACUACAACCAGUAGUUCCACCACUUCAACUAGUAGUUCCCCCACUACAAUUAGAAGUUCCUCCACUACAACCAGAAGUUCCACCACCAUAACUUCUAGUUCCACCACUUCUACUACUAGCUCAUCAACGACUUCCUCCUCCAGCUCAACCCCAACCCCAACCUCCUCAUCAACCGCUAGGUCAACAUCGCUAACCACUAGGUCAACAUCGCCAACCACUAGGUCAACAUCGUCAACCACCUCUACUUCAAGUACCCCAUCGCUGACUAGCCCAUCUUCAUCGACAGAAUCCACCACCACCAGCUCAUCUACUAGUCCAACCACCAGCACAAGAUCUAGCACAAGCACAACCUCUCAGGCAGUUUAUGUUGAAGAAGUAACUGCAAGCUUUACAUCAACAACACUUGUCACAAGAUAUACUAUAGGGACUACAAGAUAUAUCUUGAGUACUAUUUACGGGAGACCCACUGGAAUCUAA